AUGUCGUUCGACUCGUUUCACUCCCACAAGGCCUCGCCGGGCAUAAUUCCCAUCGCCCCAUGGCAGGCCUUCAACAAAGCCUGGACGGCGGUUAAGGGGUAUCCCGCCGACGAGUUUAAGUUCGUCGAGGGAGUCACGCCCAUGUCAACCCUGACCGAGACUGUUAUUAUCAUCGCACUCUACGUGGUGGUCGUCUUUGGCGGUCGCGAAUUCAUGCGCAACCGUGAGCCCCUGAAGCUUAACGGCCUCUUCAAGGCCCACAACCUCCUCCUGACGCUCCUGAGCGGUGGUCUGCUGGUGCUCUUCAUCGAGCAGCUCGCUCCCACCAUCUGGAAGAACGGGCUGUACAACAACAUUUGCGGCGGCGAUGGCUGGACCAAGCCGUUGGUGACACUCUAUUACCUCAACUACAUCACCAAGUACAUCGAGCUGAUCGACACGGUCUUCCUGAUGGUCAAGAAGAAGCCUCUCACCUUCCUCCACACGUACCACCACCCGGCGACGGCUCUGCUCUGCUACACCCAGCUCAUCGGCCACACAUCCGUAUCCUGGGUGCCCAUCACGCUGAACUUGACCGUGCACGUUGUCAUGUACUGGUACUACUUCCAGAGCGCGCGCGGCAUCAAGGUCUGGUGGAAGGAGUGGAUUACCCGUCUGCAAAUAGCCCAGUUCAUCAUCGACCUCGGCUUCGUCUACUUCGCGUCGUGGGACUACUUCGCCAGCACGCACGCGCCCUAUCUCCCGCACGUAGGCAAGUGCGCCGGCGAGCCCUUCGCGGCCAUCGCGGGCUGCGUGAUCCUGAGCUCGUACCUGGUGCUCUUCAUCAUGUUCUACAUUGCCACGUACCGCAAGGCGUCGUCGCGCCGCGCCGCCAACAAGAAGAUGGCGGACAAGCCGGCCGUGGUGUCGAUCAAGGAGAGCGCUGUCAAGAUGGCCGACGGCUGCAGCGGCGUCCAGCACGGCAACAGCAACCUCGUCGCCCGCAAAUAG